GUUUCUAGUUCCCCAUUCUGCGAAGGGAAGCGUUCAGCAACACAUCUCUCCGUGACCUGGUUUGCGCAGGCAUAAACUCUGAUUCUCGUUGAGUCGUUGGCACCAUGGAACUGGAGCUGUCCAGGUGUUUAUAACCGGAUGUAAAAUGCCAUGAAGCGCGAAGAUGUAAACCAAAGAGGGAAUUCUGAAAAUACAAAGUCAUUGCGACCACUAUUGGCUAUUCUCCAGAAUAAUUGUCUCGUGAAAUAGUCUGAUAAACUGAAGCUCGAGUGAAACUUAUAAACCCCUGUGAGAGGAGCAGCUUUUACCAGCAACAUUAUUCAGCCCUGUAGCCCAUCUGUCCCUGAAGUAUCAAUCAUGAUGUAGACUGAGCAGUCUUUUUCUUGAAAAACUUUUCACAAGUUUUUUGAGUCUUCUACCAGAACAAGGUGACCUGUCUCUCACCCAGGCGCCUGCAGCCGCAAAGUAUUCGACUGCAUGGAUAUCGUAUUUCUCAGCUUGGCCAGAAAUUAAUCAGUUACAGCUCAGAGAGAGUUGCCGAUAGCAGCAUACACACACAAGCCUUGCAGCAAUGGUGGACCACUGUGACCUACCUCAUGAAGCCCCCUGCAACAGCGGGACAUAGAUCGUUAUCUCUCCCACCGCAAGUUCAACCGUUGCUAUAAUGAGACCAAAUGUGAGACUGCACGGCCUGUGAACUUGGCUCAAUGUAAGAGGGAGAGCAGGCACAUCGAAGGAGAGACGGAGACAUCGGACAGAGGGGGAGUUGCGGAAGAGGAGGAAGUGAGGAACAGAACUACUGACAAAAAGAUGCAAAGAAGCCCCACGCACAGAGCAUGAGGUGGAGAGUUGGAAAAUAUUAGAGAGGGAGAAGACUGCGUUGUAUUAGCUUUUUUAAUUCAAUAAGGGUCCCACCCUGGUUUCCUGCUGCAACAUUAUUGACUGAAAUUAGGGGGAGAAGCUAAACGACUAUAACCUAGUGUAGUACUGUCAUGCCCUGCACUACCAUGGAGAAUAAAACCUGCCUUCCAUAAUGGCAUCUUUCAUACUGCACCAUCUGGAUGUCACUGGAAACAUGAGGUACAUUCACAAAUGUUAGCCUAGCAGUCUAGGACCAGUCCACAAUUGAUUUGUACCAAAAAGCAGAAGUUGUGAUCGGAUCUUACACAAACUUCCUCAACAUCCUGACCUAGUGUCAGCAUAAUUUGCUUCGCACAGCAAGCCUUCAUCGGGGUGUUUUGAAGUAAAACAAUUGGUCUGAAGAAGCUCUGAGAAUGAUGACCAUGUCUGUGCUGGCCACCGCCGGACCAGAAAGCGGGGUGACCCAGCUCGUCCCCAUUCCCGCGCUGAACAUCCUUCCCCCGUCCUCAGACACAGAGGCCUGGUCCCGCUUUCCCAGCCCUCGGCCUCCCCGCCGCCACCGGCUCACACACCCCCACCGGAGCAGAGGCCGGACCAAGAAGAGGAGUGAUGGAGAACAAGAGGAGUCAUCCAAACCCCGGUGGAACGGCACUGAGGAGGGGGGGGUGGAGAGGGUGAAGGGGAGCGCUACUCCUCAAGGAAGCCCCUCACCUCUCCCUUCACCCCUCUUGCCCCCCCACGUGGAGGACACAGUCCUGGGCCCUUCCCUGGACCUCUUGCUACCCCCGUCGUCUCGCAUCUCCUGGUCACGUAGCUCGUCUCUCGGCCGGCGCUCACGCUGGUCCCUCAGGAGUCUGCUCAGCAGGGAGUCUGACUGGGACAGCUGCAGUACCGCCAGUAACUCUCCGCGCAGCACCCCUGGCAGCUCCCCCUCUCUGCGCCGUCGGGUGCUGGGGGGUAGUGGUGGGGGUGGAAGCAGGACCAGUGAUGUGGAGGGUGGCCCGGGGGAGCGCAGUGGGGAAAGGAGAGGUUCGGACAGCCCCCUGCCCUCCGCCACCGCUUCCGCAUACCCCGUCGCCUCACGCCAUUUCAGCCGCAACGCCAAGAAAAUGCAGAGCUGGUACAAUGUUCUCAGUCCAACUUAUAAACAGCGCAAUGAGGAUUUCCGUAAACUCUUCAAGAAGCUGCCAGACACGGAACGCCUCAUAGUGGACUACUCAUGUGCGCUGCAGAAAGACAUUCUACUCCAGGGGAGACUCUAUCUAUCAGAGAACUGGCUCUGCUUCUAUAGCAAUAUCUUCCGCUGGGAAACCACUAUUACAAUCCUGCUGAAAGAUGUGACCACUCUGACCAAGGAGAAGACUGCCAAGGUCAUCCCCAACGCCAUUCAGAUCAGCACCGACCACGACAAGCACUUCUUCACGUCUUUCGGGGCGAGGGAUCGCAGCUACAUGAUGAUGUUCAGACUGUGGCAGAACGCACUGAUGGACAAGCCUCUUUCCCCAAAGGAGCUGUGGCACAUCGUCCAUCAGUGUUACGGCACUGAGCUGGGCCUCACCAGUGAAGACGAUGACUAUGUCUCCCCCACUGACGAGCACAUUAACGGUCUACUGCCAGUGGAAGAGUCAGUCUCUGUCUCUGACCUGUUGGACCUCAGCUCCUUGGGGGCCAUAGCUUCUCUGGGCAGCUCACCCUCCUCCAUGGCAGCCUUGUUCCCCAGUGGCCCCCUCCUAGUCAGCGGUGGUCUGGGCUCCUCUCCUCCCUCCUCAUCCACCUGUCUGCCCGUAGACAUCCCCGGCAGCCCCUCCCUUGACCCCCCAGACCCCAGCCCGCCCAGCUCCCAGAGCUCCCUGCCCUCCACCACACACACCGCCUCCUUGUCCGCCCCCGCCUCGGCUGCUGCCUCUUUCUAUGUGGAGGAGGACGGGGACUUCCUGUUGGAAUCUGCCAAUCACAUGAUGCCCCAAUCUGCCACCAGCCUGGGAAACCUCUCCUCAUUGGACCAGCUCACCAACGACGACGAGCUGCCCACUGACCCCAGCAACUCCUCAGACACACAGGAAGAGGACGAGGUGGAGUCGUUCUGUGCGGACCUGGCUGGCCGGCUGCACAUCAACAUGGUGGUGCGCAUGAGCGUGGACAAGCUGCAUGACCUGCUCUUCUCCGCAGACACACACUUCAUCCAGCAUCUCUUCUCCCAACGGCACUUCACAGACCUGUCAGUUCGCGAGUGGCAGCAGGACAGCUGCACUGGGAACACCAACCGGAUCCUGAGUUACACCAUCGCCAUCAACAACCCCCUGGGCCCCAAGACCGCCCCCGUAGUGGAAACUCAGACGCUGUUUAAGAACAGUGCCCCGGGCGAGUGUUACGUGGUGGACUCGGAGGUGAUUACCUCGGGCAUCCCCUACCAGGACUACUUCUACACCGUGCACCGCUACUGCCUCACCGCCAUCAACAAAAACAAGAGCAGACUCCGGGUGUCGUCAGAUAUCUGCUACAAGAAGCAGCCGUGGAGCCUGGUGAAGGCGCUCAUCGAGAAGAACACCUGGAGUGGCAUCGAGGAGUACUACAGACACAUGGAGAGUGAGGUGUGUAAGCUGGAGACCCUGCUCCAGUCUGAGGUGUCAGUGGUGACCUCUGGGGAUGUGGUGGGGGCAGACUCUGCCAAGACACCCCCGGCCCUGCGGCGACGCAAACGCACCUGCUCCCGGCGCCUGGCGGACCGGGAAAGAGAGGGAGGUGGCGCGGGAGGUGGAGAGCGCGGGGACCGAGGAAUAGGAGAGGAGCGGAGAGAGGCGGGUGGUCAGUACAAGCACGGAGAGGGGUCGCGUGGCGGAGGCAACGGCAUCUCUACCAUACUGCUCAUAGUCAGCUUCAUGAUCUGUGUCAGUCUGGUGGUGUUGGUGGCCCUCAACAUGCUCUUGUUUUACAAGCUGUGUUCUCUGGAGAGAGCUGCACACACACUGGAGACGUGGCACUCCUUCUCUCUGUCUGACAGUCCUCUACCCCAGUCGGCAGGAGAGUGGGCCCAGGUGUUGCAGCUUCAGAGACAGUUCCACCAGGCCCAGCUGGGCAAAUGGCAACAGAUCCUCCAAUCCUCAGUCACUCUGCUAGACCAGAUGAAACAGUCGUUGGAAAAGCUCCACCGAGGCGUCGUCACUCCAGAAGUCCAGCAGGAUCCCCCCUCGAACCCCACUUCAGAGUCUCUCACUGAGCACUGAUCCUCCCUCCCUCCACCCUCCAACCUCAAGCCCUCAAGUGGGUACGAAUGGACCACGGGGGGCGAGAACCGAGGUGGCCAGAGGGGAGGGUCCAGCUGGGCCAAUAAGGGAGAGUGACACUCUCUCUCACCCGAUCCCAAGCUCCGCUCCUGCUUCUCUACUCAAAACAGACAGGGAGUGAUGUGGGUUGGGGGGGGGUCCCACGCCUCAGUCUGAGCAACCUGCAAUGAGGUGGGUGGUGAUUGACCUUUGGGGUACUACACUACCCAUAACUCCCCACACCUCAGUCUGAGUAACCUGCAAUGGCAAAGUCCCACCUUCUCUCACGCCCAGACAGACUGGGAAUGUCUUCAGGACUACAGAAAUAACAUAGCACGGUGAGCCAACCAUAUCUCCCACAGUCAGGGCAAAAGGCUGGCCAGUUUGUAUAGUACCAUCUGCUCCUCACAUGCAACCAACCAUGCUGCUCACCUUGAACCAUAUCCCCUGCCUGAGAAUCCAAGAGACAUUUUCAAAAGAAAACGGACGAUCUACUGCAUUUCAACAUGUGCAGCCCUGCUGCUGCGUUUCAAAUGGACAGACUCCGGUCCAGCGCAUUUCAUAACGGACUGACUUGACUUGGACCGACUGCAUUUCUCAAAAUGGGCCAACCCAGAUUUAACUUUGCUUUUCAAUAUGGAUGGACUCUGACAUUUGGGAAAUUGGGAGCUUUCCCAGCCCUGAUAAACAGCUAUGGCUCUGUUCCCAGCUGAAGCCAGCCUAGGGGACUUAUGUGCCUCGGUGUGAGGGAUCCGCUCAGCUAAGUCCCCCUUGAGCCUCUGGAAAUGAGGGACACAUGACGAGGGAGGGGAAAGCUCUGAUGGAUUACAGAAAGUCUCCUGUUUCUAACACUUUUUUUUUUUGUUCUCUCGCUCUCUCAUUCUCUCUCGCUCUCUCAUUCUCUCUCUCGCUCUCUCAUUCUCUCUCUCGCUCUCUCAUUCUCUCUCUCGCUCUCUCAUUCUCUCUCUCGCUCGCU